AUGCGCCAGCUAUUACUGCUGGCCGUACUGAUAGGCGGUGUGCUGUGUAUGACCAUCGAUCACCACAAGUACUACUAUUCCCGGCAGCCCGCGCUGUUCCGCUUGCUGCGAAAGUAUAACCUGUGGCCCAGGAAUCAAACGGUGGAGUAUGAGCGACCGGCUCAGCAGCUCAACGUACCGAAUCCGUUCAUCUAUGGAGGCGACAGUGUUGCGAUUGAAAGCUUUCCCUAUCAGCUAUCGUUGCGGCUUGAGGGAACGCACGUUUGUGGUGCCUCAGUGAUUGCCGAACGAUGGGCAUUGAGUGCGGCACACUGCCUGGACGAGGCACUGUUCGCAUCCGCUAUUACGUUCCGCGGUGGGACUCCACAUCGAUUGGCCGGUGGUUACAUAUUCCCGGCGGAUCAAUAUUUUCUGCAUCCAAAGUUUGACCGGGAGAUACUGGACUACGAUGCGGCCGUGAUACAUGUGACGGAAAGUUUCCUCAUCGAUCCGAUACGUCCGGUUAGUCUGGGUAACACCAACACGAUCUACCCGAUUCCUUCGGCUGCUGUCGUGUCCGGUUGGGGAACAGCGAAUGAUGAUGGAUACACACCGCUGAUACUGCAAUCGCUUGAAAUGGUGCCAUGGCUAUUGUCAAUUGUUGUAACGAUCGUUUUAAGCGAAGAAGCGUUGGCGAUCGAGAGUUAUGAACCACGCGCCACUGGACGUAUCGUUGGUGGACGGAAUGUAGAAAUCCGAGACUUUCCGUAUCAGCUAUCAGUGCAAAAUGAUGGGUACCAUGUCUGUGGAGCCUCGGUCGUGUCCAACCGUUUAGCAUUAACUGCCGGUCAUUGCUGCUUCGGUGCCGACGUGGCGAAACUCUCCAUUCGCGGAGGAAGUACAUUCCACGGGGACGGUGGUAUGUUGUUUACCGUCAACUGGUUUAGCAUUCAUCCUCAAUAUGAUCAUGAUAAUCUAAACAACGAUGUGUGCGUGCUCCGGAUCACUGGAACAUUCCUGCAGCACCCAAACAUAGCAAUCAUACAAAUAACCAAUAGUACAACCAUUCCCGGCGGUGACCAGGGAAUUGUUUCUGGCUGGGGUGCAGUGGAAACGGAUGGAAACUCGGUACCGCAUCUAAGGGCGACGAAAGUGAAAAUUCUGACCCAGACACAGUGCAAUAAGCGGAUUCGGAAUUCGGUUACGCCCACAGCAAGCAUGUUCUGUGCCGGUAAUGUAGGGAGGUCCAUUUGUGUCGGCGAUGGUGGAGGUCCUUUGGUGUACCAGCAGCGUCAAAUAGGGAUCGUGUCGUUCAUCGUAAAGGAGUGCGGAGGGACCGAACCGGCAGUUUACACGCGCCUGUCCAACAAAAGCGUACAGGAUUUCAUUACAAUGGAGAUUUCCAACGACCAGCUACGCCAAUUGUUGGAGCACCUGAACGGAUGA